AUGGAUGGUUUACCAAAAGUUUUAUAUGGUUGGAGCUGGGAAGAAAACAAGCUGUUUGAGAUGGCUUUGGCUGUGGUUGGUGAAGAAGACCCAGAUAGAUGGAAAGUGGUUGCGGCCAUGGUUGGAGGGAAGAAGAGUGAAGAGGAUGUGCAAAAACAUUAUGUGAUCCUUUUAGAGGACUUGCAGGUUAUAGAGUCUGGUAAAUUGGAUCAUACACUUGUUGAGGAAGCUCAGCCUUGUGUUCAAGUUGACUGUACUCAAUCUGUAUGUUGGACUGAUGAAGAUCACAAGUUGCUGGAAGAAUGCAAGCAAAGAACAUAA